CAUCUAUUUGGUAACUAUCACACUGAAAACUAUAUAUUUGUUUACAGGGUUGUCUUCUCACCAGACUAUGAGCUCCUUGAAAGAAGGAAUCACAUCUUAUUCAUCUUUGUAUCCCCAGUGUCUAGGACAGUUCCUGAUACAUUAUUGAAGCUGAAUUUUGGGACAUGGCCACUGCUUCACCAAGGUCUGAUACUAGUAAUAACCAUAGUGGAAGGUUACAGUUACAGGUAACUGUUUCUAGUGCCAAACUAAAAAGAAAAAAGAACUGGUUUGGAACAGCAACAUAUACAGAUGUAGUUGUAGAUGGAGAAAUUAAAAAAACAGCCAAAUCCAGUAGUUCUUCUAAUCCAAAAUGGGAUGAACAGCUAACUGUAAAUGUGACCCCACAGAGUACUUUGGAAUUUCGAGUUUGGAGCCAUCACACCUUAAAAGCAGAUGCUUUAUUAGGAAGAGCAACGAUAGAUUUGAAACAAGCUCUGUUAAAGCACAAUAGAAAAUUGGAAAAAGUGAAAGAACAAUUAAAACUUUCUUUGGAAAACAAGAAUGGCAUAGUGCAAACUGGUGAAUUGAUAGUUGUGCUUGAUGGAUUGGUGAUUGAGCAAGAAAAUCUAACAAACUGCAACUCAUCUCCAACUAUAGAAAUACAGCAAAACGGUGAUGCCUUACAUGAAAAUGGAGAACCUUCUGCAAGGACAACUACCAGGUUGGCUGUUGAGAGUAGCAAUGGAGUAGAUAAUCACAUACCUACCAAUACUGUUGUCCAGAACUCAUGCUGUUCGUAUGUAGUUAAUGGAGACAACACACCUUCAUCUCCAUCUCAGGUUGCUGCCAGACCCAAAAAUACACCAGCCCCCAAAGCACUCACAUCUGAGCCUACUAAUGACACUGAUCAUCUUAUUAAUUUUCCCUUCUCAGUUAAUCGAGAAUCAUCCUCACCUGCACCAACUGAUAAUGCUUCUGCCAUGGGUACUCAAUUAGCAUCUGAAGAAACCACCUUGACUUCAAAUUACACUAGCAGUACCAUUGAAGAUCCUCCUGAUCAAGAGAUACAAGAGAGUAUGGUUUCCUCAGAACACAGUGAAUGUGUUCCUUCUGUCAGUACAGAAUUGGGAUCUGAAGCUAGGAGCAUUUUAGACCCUGACUCCUCUAAUUCUGGAAAUAGUUCUGCUUUUGACAAAUUAAGGCAGCCAGAUGGGUGUGUGGAAUCUGUACGGCAGCAGUCUGGAAAUGCCAACACAGAAUCUUUGCCAUCAGGGUGGGAACAGAGAAAAGAUCCUCAUGGUAGAACGUAUUAUGUGGAUCAUAACACAAGAACUACUACCUGGGAGAGACCACAACCUUUACCUCCAGGUUGGGAAAGAAGAGUUGAUGAUCGUGGAAGAGUUUAUUAUGUGGAUCAUAACACCAGAACAACAACAUGGCAGCGGCCUACCAUGGAGUCUGUUCGAAAUUUUGAACAGUGGCAAUCUCAGCGGAACCAAUUGCAGGGAGCUAUGCAACAGUUUAAUCAACGAUACCUCUAUUCGGCUUCAAUGUUAGCUGCAGAAAAUGACCCAUAUGGACCUUUGCCACCAGGCUGGGAAAAAAGAGUGGAUUCAACAGACAGGGUUUAUUUUGUGAAUCAUAAUACAAAAACAACCCAAUGGGAAGACCCCAGAACUCAAGGCUUACAGAAUGAAGAACCUCUGCCAGAAGGCUGGGAAAUUAGAUAUACUAGGGAAGGUGUUAGGUACUUUGUGGAUCAUAACACAAGAACAACAACAUUCAAAGAUCCUCGCAAUGGGAAAUCAUCUGUAACAAAAGGUGGUCCACAAAUUGCUUAUGAGCGCAGCUUUAGGUGGAAACUUGCUCACUUUCGUUAUUUGUGCCAGUCUAAUGCACUACCCAGUCAUGUAAAGAUCAAUGUGUCCCGGCAGACACUAUUUGAAGAUUCCUUCCAACAGAUUAUGGCAUUAAAACCCUAUGACUUGAGGAGGCGAUUAUAUGUAAUAUUUAGAGGAGAAGAAGGACUUGAUUAUGGUGGUUUAGCAAGAGAAUGGUUUUUCUUACUCUCACAUGAAGUUUUGAACCCAAUGUAUUGCUUAUUUGAGUAUGCAGGCAAAAACAACUAUUGUCUACAGAUAAAUCCAGCAUCAACUAUUAAUCCGGACCAUCUUUCAUAUUUCUGUUUCAUCGGUCGCUUUAUUGCAAUGGCACUAUUUCAUGGAAAGUUUAUCGAUACCGGGUUUUCUUUACCAUUCUACAAGCGUAUGCUGAGUAAAAAACUUACUAUUAAGGAUUUGGAAUCUAUUGAUACUGAAUUUUAUAACUCCCUUAUCUGGAUAAGAGACAACAACAUAGAAGAAUGUGGCUUAGAAAUGUAUUUUUCUGUUGACAUGGAAAUUUUAGGGAAAGUUACUUCACAUGACCUAAAGAUGGGAGGUUCCAAUAUCCUUGUGACCGAGGAGAACAAAGAUGAAUAUAUUGGUUUAAUGACAGAGUGGCGUUUUUCUCGAGGAGUACAAGAACAAACCAAAGCUUUCCUUGAUGGUUUUAAUGAAGUUGUUCCCCUUCAGUGGCUACAGUACUUUGAUGAAAAAGAAUUGGAGGUUAUGUUGUGUGGCAUGCAGGAGGUUGACUUAGCAGAUUGGCAGAGAAAUACUGUUUAUCGACAUUAUACACGAAACAGCAAGCAAAUAAUUUGGUUUUGGCAGUUUGUGAAAGAAACAGACAAUGAAGUAAGAAUGCGACUAUUGCAGUUUGUCACUGGAACCUGCCGCUUACCACUAGGAGGAUUUGCUGAGCUCAUGGGAAGUAAUGGGCCUCAAAAAUUUUGUAUUGAAAAAGUUGGAAAAGAUACCUGGUUACCAAGAAGCCAUACAUGUUUUAAUCGCUUGGAUCUACCACCAUAUAAGAGUUAUGAACAACUAAAGGAAAAACUUCUUUUUGCAAUAGAAGAGACAGAGGGCUUUGGACAAGAAUGAAUGUGGCUUCUUAUCUUGGAGGAGCUCUUGCAUUUAAAUACCCCAGCCAAGAAAAAUUGCACAGAUGUGUAUAUAAGCUGUUCAUUCUGUACAGUGAAUUUUCUGAACCUCAAAAGUAUAAAUGUUUUCCGUUCUUCCACAGAAAUAUGCAAAAGUUCAUCAUUUUCUACUUUAUUUAUUGUUCCCUUGAAAUGACUGACCAGGAAAAAGAUCAUCAUUAAAUUUUGAAGCAAGCAAGAGACUUUAUUAAAUAUAAGAAGUAUAUUAUCUAUAUAAGCAUAUAUGAUAGUGGCUCUAGUUCUAUAGAGCCCCAAGUGUAUUAAACAUGACAGCUGUUCAUUCACAAAGAUCUGAAUUUGCUUUACCUUGUUUCUAUUAUCCAGGGGAAAAGUGCAAAUUGCUCCAUGUUCUCCCUUAUGUAACAUCUCCUGAGGGUGUUUAGUUGCAUGGCUGUUCAGGAAGGUAUUAAGGGCUUAGGCCAAAUCUUACUUUGAGUAUACAAAAAAAUGCUGCUGGCUUUUUUGAAGACAGGUGCUUGAACUUGUCACUUUGUUUUAAAAUAAAUACAAUAGUUGAAAAAAUUUCCACUCUUUGCUUACAUCAGUAAUACAUUGAGUGAAAUCAUAACUAACAUAGAAGUCACGUACUAGAUCCAAUAACAUUUAGUUUGUUACAGAGAUUGGAAAAAAUUCAUUGAGCAGCAUAGAGAUUUGUUUACAUGUUACUUUGAGAUGCUAGGUAUUUGUGAAAUUAAAAGAAUCAGCCACUUACGUACUUCUGUUUUAUAAAUCUGUGAUGUUCAAAUUUAAUAAUAAACUAAUGCAGCUUGAUACUUAGGAACAUAUAAAAAGGUAACUUGAACUUUGGCACUUUUGUGUUGAAAGUUUUGGUUUUGUAAAACCAGAGGCAUUGAAUAAAACCGGAUGCAUUGAAAAGUUACAUAAACAUUUGAACACUCAAA